AAAAUAAAGAUGAAGAAAUAGAAGACGCUAGGCUAACUGGCUAACUUCCAGUUUUGGAAUCGAGAAUCAAGGGCCACAAAAAUUAAUGCAGCAGCCCAGAUCUGGCCCUCAGGCAUAGAGUUUGGCGUCCUCAUCCAUGUUUCCUCUUUGAAGUAAUCCCCUGGAGUCUAACACAUUUCCCCAGCCUUCUUUACGACAUCUUCUUGAACUCAUGGGAGGAUUCUUCAGGGAUCCUCCGCAGCUCCCAGUUUGUUGACAGGCUCGUGUGUGGAGAGAAGCGAGGGAAGGCCAGCCAAGGCUUCACUCCCCCUUCUUCCUGCUCACAUCUGUUGCUGAGGAGAUGGAAGUCUUCUGACUCCAGACUCUUUCAUACCUUCACAGCAUGACGAGCCGCGCUUGCUGCUGAUUAAAGUUGAAAGACGAAACCCGGCUUGCACUCAUGUUUAAGUUCUCCUGAAGUCAUAUACAGGACGAAGCUUUCUUUGAAAUUCCGAGGAAUGUCCCGGUGCUGGUGCAGGCAGGUCCUGCUUGGCGUGGAAGUGGGUAUCGUCGUGGUGGUGUUGGUGGUCGGCACUGCGGGACAGAGCUACGAUGGGAGGGAAGCCGGGUCGUCCUGCUACGGAGGAUUCGACCUGUACUUUGUUUUAGACAAAUCUGGCAGUGUGCAACAUUACUGGAAUGAAAUUUAUUACUUUGUGGACCACCUGGCUUACAAGUUUAUCAGUCCUCAGCUCCGGAUGUCUUUUAUCGUCUUUUCGACAGAAGGGAGAAUUCUCAUGCCAUUAACUGAAGACAGAGAGCAAAUACGAGCCGGAUUGGAGAGGCUCAGCAUGGUCCAUCCAGGUGGAGACACCUACAUGCACCUUGGUUUGUCAAAGGCCAGUGAACAAAUUUACUACAGCACAGGAGAUGGCUACCGGACAGCCAGCGUCAUAAUUGCUUUGACUGACGGUGAAUUAAGGGAAAAUCAAUUUGAUCUGGCUCAAAGAGAGGCUAGCAGAGCGCGGCAGUUGGGUGCCACCGUUUACUGUGUGGGAGUGAAAGACUUCAAUGAAACCCAGUUGUCCACCAUUGCCGACAGUGAGGACCACGUCUUCCCUGUGACCGACGGUUUUCACACGCUGCAUGUGGUCAUUGACUCGAUUCUGAAGAGGUCAUGCAUUGAGAUUCUGGCUGUCGAGCCCUCGAGCAUCUGCGCAGGAGAAUCUUUCCAGGUGGUAAUUAAAGGAAAUGGCUUCUUUCAUGCCCGCGACGUUCAGAAAGUCCUCUGCAGCUUCCGCAUUAACGACACAGCGACUUUUAUGAAAAGACCUUUGGUGGUGAGAGAUACCUACCUGUUGUGUCCGGCUCCCGUUUUGGAAAAGGAAGGAAUGGCCGCCACGCUCCACGUCAGCAUGAACAAUGGCCUGAGUUUCAUAUCCAGCUCUGUCACAAUUACCGCCAUCACUUGCUCUGACGGCACUUUUGUGGCAAUCGCACUGCUCAUCCUGCUGAUCCUGCUCAUCAUUCUUCUGCUGUGGUGGUUCUGGCCUCUCUGCUGCACUGUGGUCAUUCAUGAGCCACCUCCACCACCCAUAGAUGACGACUUCUCUGACGACGAGGACGAUUUUCACAAGAAGCGGUGGCCCACUGUGGACGCGUCAUACUAUGGAGGCAGAGGAGUUGGAGGCAUCAAAAGGAUGGAGGUCCGCUGGGGUGAUAAGGGCUCCACCGAGGAGGGAGCAAAGCUGGAAAAAGCCAAGAACGCUCGUGUUGUGAUGCCUGAAGAGGAACUCGAGGAUCCUCCGGCGAGAUCGCGUUACCAUGUGAAAAAACCCGUCCAUCCUCAGAAGUGGUACUCCCCCAUCAAGGGCAAACUGGAUGCACUGUGGGUUUUCCUGAGACGAGGCUAUGACAGAGUGUCCGUCAUGCGACCUCAUCCUGGAGACAAGGGCAAGUGCAUCAAUUUCACACGGAGCAAGUCCAGCCAGGCUCCUCGCUACCCAAUCUGCAAGCAUCCCUCCACGCACAUCUACACUCUGCCCUACAGCCCCCGGUGUCGGCCUUCCGAUUCGGACUUGCCCCCCUCCCCCACCGCCACGCUGCCCCCUCUGCCCCACUCGCCUCCGCCACCCUUCUACACGCCCCCACCCUGCAGAACUCUGCCCUCCAUCUCUGUGCCCCCUUCGCCCACCGCCUCCCUGCCCCCGCCGCCCUGUAGGGCCCCGCCCCCGUCCCGCCCGCCGCCACGCCCCAGCCACGACGACUACUGACGCGUCCCGAGUCAAAUGGAAACCUGAGCGCACUUCUCUCAUCGAAAGGGAAAACGUUUGGACUUUUUUUAUAUUACAGGGGCUGAUGUGCAAUUCAUUGUUUUUCAUAUUACACUAAACUAAGUAUAUUGCAAUGACUUAUUGUUGAUGUUUUCGCUUUGGACAGUGAACGAUUAUCUUGCAUAGUAUCUAAUCUCUGUCUCAUGAAAAGCAUGUAGAACUGAAUAUGAAAGGUCAACACAAUCUGCUCCAAGAAUCUGGUUGUCUUCAAGUUCAAAAUAGCAGAACUGUUUGUUCCAAAACUGUUUUCCUACGGGAAAUAUUAGAGAUCAAAGAUAAUUAGGAGACUACUGCAAUGUUGGCAGCUCCUCUGAUUUUGCUAUUUAUAGGGAAAUGGUAGGGAAAUCAACAUCUUUCUCGUUUAAUUCACAUAUUCCAAACAAAAUUUGUCACUAAAAGCAUUUAUUAAAGAGGUCAAAAUAUCCCCCCAGCCCAAAAAAAAAGGCCAGUGCGUGUGUGCACGUGUACAAAGAUACUUAAAAAUAAAACUAAAAUUAAAGUGUAAAGCUAAAAUUAAAAUGCAAAUAAAAGAAUCUACCAUUAAAAUAUAUUUAAAACGAAAAAUCUAAAACUGAUUUCUUUAGUUCAUUUAUUUUCAUCUCAGUGACAUGCGUUUGUAAAAACAUCCCAAGGAUCAAGAAUUGCAGCCACUUUACAACUUGCUUUUUUUUUUAGCAAAGCUGAAUUCUGUUUAGAGAAGGCGGUUCUUGUUAUGCAAAUGAACCACUGCUCGCCCCACCCUCAUCUACUGGGGGCCAACUCUGAAGAAAAAAAAUGAGAGUCCUAAAAGGUUAUAAAAUGUCAAACCAAUCACACCCAGCAGUAACUUUGUCCAUACUUUCCGUGUAAAUUCACAGCAAUUUCCAAAUUGUAUGACCUCUAUCCCAGUUUUAGCUUUCUUUAUCUUUGUAUGAGAACACAUGCACGCUUUUCGUUGGACAGCUAACUUAAACGAGCCAUUGAGCGCUAUAGCAGGCUAACUCCAGUUGUUUGUCAUUUUGCAGGUGAGUGAUUUCAAGUUUAUGAAGGAAACUUGUGAUUUCGGCUUUGGAAGUUUUGUGCAAUAGAAGUCCAAUUCCAAAUGGCACUCAAACCCAUCAAUAUUUCACGAAAGGUGAUAAAAUAACACUCACUUGUAGCUACUAACAUGCACUGUUUACUUUUUGAGUUGUGUAUCAAACUCUGAACUUCAUUUUCUGGGAGUUGAAGCCUGGUUUCAUGGGUGUGGCCAUCUUGGAAAUGGGACCUGGUUCAGUGUUCAAAUGAUGAAUUAGGAAAAGUGAUGAGUGGAAUGAUGGACUGGACUCCUUCUGUCAAAAAUUGGAACAAAACCUUGAUUUAGGUGAUUGGAAAAAUAUGCCAUUUAUUCAUUUCAGUACUUAACUUGAAAAUUGAGUUAAGUACGCAUUUUAGCUGUCAGUGGCUCCAAAAAAAAAAAAAAAAACAUUAUGAGCGCUCCUUAAAAAAGGAAUGAUGGUUUUGCUUAUGUCAGUGUGAAUGAGUAGAUAUGUGUGACAUAAUUCCACUAAUCCAGUUUUGUUUGUUUCUUUGCUUGAACAUGCGUUCCACAAAGGGGAAAUCUGGGGUGUAAAUAUGUCAAUUAAUCCCCUAACCCUGUAAUAAUUAUUGAUGUUUCAAAUAAAUUCUUUCCUUGGUUUUUAUGGAAACUACAACAAGAAAAUAAUAAUUAAGUAUUUUCAUUCAAUAUGAUGAAUCAGAGAGCCAGGACAUAAAUCUCAAAAGCUGUCAUAAACUUAAAAAAAAAAAAAAAAAAAAAAAGAAUGGUUUGCAGCGCGAGAACUUAACGUCACAAGAUUUUUGCGGUUUGUCUUUCUGGAAAAAUCAGCAUGGGGCUCAAUUCAGUGCAGCGCCUGGAGGUUGUCAAAGAUGACUCAAGAAUGAGAUGUUUUGCUACCUGCUUGCUUUAUCCGUCUCAAAGCUUUGAUGGAUGACUUUGUUUAUCUGUUUAUGUGUGAGCCAUUUCAAUUGAGGAGCACAUGCCGUACAAGUUAUGAAUCCAUUUUGACAAGUGUGCUUACAGUGUUUGGUUUAAAAACAACAACUCUAUAUAAUCUUGCUUUUUGCUGCCCUGGAAAAAGCGAAGAAUCCAAAGAAGAUGGAGUUGGUGAUAAACAAGAUCACACAGCAGUUGACAAAGAAUGAAGGAGGUGGAUAACAAAAUGACCUAAAAAGCUUUUUUAUUAGCUUUUGGUACCAAACGGGAGCAGUUAUUUCUGACUUUGGAAAGAUGUGACAUAACAACCGGUAGUCUGAAUUCCACAAAAGCUGUCAGGAAAAUGUCUUCAUUUUUUUGGGGUCAAUGUUAAAAUGUUGGCCAGACACACACACAACACAAGGUUUUGUCUUUAAACGCCAAUGCAAAUGUCAGCCUCACAGAUGUCAUAUGUCGUCAGGGUACACACUUGUGUGG